CUGUACGUGAACGAAUUUUGGGAAGAUCCAGCACUUGAUUACGAACAGCUUUAUCCGUGCAAUCGGAACCUUAGUUUUGACCAUAGCAUGCAAGAGAGUAUUUGGAUCCCAAAUACCUGUUUUAUCAACUCGAAAAGAGCUCUAAUUCACAGUUCACCGUUCAGGAACGUUUUCUUCAUGAUUUUUCCCAAUGGUUACAUACCAACUUAUCUCACCAUUUUCAUAUCGUGGAUACCGUUUUAUUUGGGACCAAAAGCGAUUCCUGCAAGGACAAUGAUUGGAGUUAACGCGUUGCUCGCGAUGACGUUCCAAUUCGGAAAUAUUAUUCGCAAUUUGCCUCGUGUAUCCUACAUCAAGGCAAUCGAUGUUUGGGUUUUGAGCGGAAUGACGUUUGUCUUCGCAUCACUGAUUGAGUUGGCGAUGAUUGGAUUCAUGGGUCGAAAUGAAGAGCGAUCAAUCGUGACGUUGAAGCAGCUCCAUAAAAAGAGGCGAACGCCGAAAUGGGACACCGAGAAACUUGAUCUUUAUUCGAGGAUCGUCUUUCCAAUAGUUUAUGCCGUCUUCAAUAUCGUUUAUUGGGGAUACUAUAUGGGUGGCAUGUUUUUGAAGAAUUAG